AUGGGUCUCUUCGAUAAACUACACUCAAAACUUGAACUUUAUCGCCUCGAACAAAAGUACGCGCGCCGCAAGAACCGUACUACAUUCUCGACCGGCGCCCAAUAUGUGGACGGAGAAUACGUCUACAACAAUUCCGCCGAUAGCAGUCCUACCAUGUCUGCCACCUCGACGGGAGGAUCCGACACCUCUUCGUCAAAUAAGCGACAGACCAUGCUAUGGACGCCUCCAAACUCCAAGAGAUCAUGGACAUGA